AUGUAUAUGCUAGUCUACAUCGACGACAUCCUUCUCACAGGUAAUUCUCCAACCGAAAUACACAAAUUACUCUCUAAUCUCCAUGUCUCUUUUCAGAUGCGCAACCUGGGAAAUCUGUCCCAAUUUCUGGGCAUACAAUCCCUUACCACCAUGAACAACAUCAUACUUCAUCAACAAUCCUACGCCAAAGCAAUAAUACAACACGCAGGAAUGGAGACAGCCAAACCGGUUGCCACACCGAUCUCAUUCAAGAUCACGCUCACACCAACUUCUCAUGAACCUUAUGCUCACCCGCAACUAUACAGACAGAUUAUAGGCGCUCUACAAUAUCUUACAAUCACUCGUCCAGACAUCCAGUUUGCGGUUCAACAGCUCUGCCAACACAUGCAACACCUGUUAAACUGUCACCAAGACUCAUUAAAGCGUCUACUUCGCUACCUUCAAGGUUCCUCCGCUCUCGGCAUUCCAAUCAACCGAUCCAACCUCAUCCUCCAAGGUUACGUCGACGCCGAUUGGGCUAGCAACAAUCAAGACCGCAAAUCUAUAUCCGGGUAUUGUAAUUUUCUUGGCUCGUCCAUCAUCUCCUGGCAAGUCAAGCAACAAAAUACGGUCGCCCGGUAA